CGCCAGCGCUGCUGCCGCAGUUUCACAAGAAACCGGCAGCAGUUCCAGUUCCUCCUCAUCAGUCCAGUCCAGUCCAGCGCAAGUUGCACAGCACAGCCCCAAUCCAAUCUCAAUCCUCGGCAAAACCCUCGAUCUCGUCCCGCCCUCCUUCCCCGACCCCCCUCAUCAGAUCGAGAGCUCCACAGCAGCGUUCCGCAUUCGGAUCCAGCUGCCGAAGGAAGGACCAGCCAGGCGAUGGCGGCGACGCACCACCCGGCCUCCCCGACCGGCGGCAAGCCCUCCUCCCCCUCGCCCCCGUCGCCGGUGCGCCUGGCGGCGUCGCAAGCGGCGGCGGUGGCGGCGAUCCAGCCCAGCUCGCCGCGCUACUUCUUCUCCUCCCUGGCGGCCUCCUCGUCGCCGCACCGCCGCAUCGCCAUCGCCGUCGACCUCUCCGACGAGUCCGCCUUCGCCGUCAAGUGGGCCGUGCAGAACUACCUGCGCCCGGGCGACGCCGUCGUGCUCCUCCACGUGCGCCCCACCUCCGUGCUCUACGGCGCCGACUGGGGCUCCAUCCCCGUCUCCGUCGACGAGGAGGGCGCCGGAGGCGCGGCCCCGGCGUCCGAGGACCCGGAGGACGACGCGCGGAAGAAGCGGGAGGAGGACUUCGACGCCUUCACCUCCACCAAGUCGCAGGACCUGGCGCAGCCGCUCGUCGCCGCGCAGAUCCCCUUCAAGAUCCACAUCGUCAAGGACCACGACAUGAAGGAGCGCCUCUGCCUCGAGGCCGAGCGCCUCGGCCUCUCCGCCAUGAUCAUGGGCAGCCGCGGCUUCGGCGCCUCCCGCAAGGCUGGCAACGGCAGGCUCGGGAGUGUCAGCGACUACUGCGUGCACCACUGCGUUUGCCCCGUCGUGGUUGUCAGGUACCCUGAUGACGCCGGGGCGGCGGGUGGUGCCGACUCUGUGGGGGAUGAGCUGCGGACGGUGCCUGAGAAUGAGGUCGUGUUCCAUGAGGCGCCGGAGGGGCAGAAAGAAAACUGAGAAGGUAAUAGCGAGCACCAAGCAGCCUGAUCACGAGAGAGCAAGUUUUGCUUGAUGCCAAGCCAUCUGUAAGCUGUAACUGAGUGGUUUUUCCACUCUGCUUUCCGCUUGAGUUUGUGUCAGACUUGUAGAUCAUGGACCUGUCCUUGCUGUUUCGCUUCCUGAGAACUGAAAUGAGAAUAAUGUAAUUCUGCAUAUGGUACUAGUUGUUAACGUGUUGUUCUAUGAACGUUUUUUAUUA